AUGGAUCACGUAGCUCAGCGGGAUCCCGAUGACAAGAAGGACGACCGCAAGGAAGAUGGCGAGGAGGAUGGCAACAAGAAGCCGAGUGCAGAUGGCGAUGCCGAGAUGAAUGACGCCGAGCCUGAAGAGGACAUUUUGGACGAUGAACUCCUGAGCCUGAGCACCCAAGAUCUGCAGACGCGGAAACGGCUACUGGAGAACGACGCACGAAUCAUGAAGAGCGAAUACCAGCGUUUAUCGCACGAGAAGGCGACUAUGGGCGAGAAAAUCAAAGAGAACAUGGAGAAGAUCGCCAAUAACAGGCAACUUCCGUACCUCGUUGGAAACGUCGUCGAGCUUCUUGAUCUUGAUCCGACCGCCGAGUCUUCCGAAGAAGGCGCCAACAUUGACCUGGAUGCGACAAGAGUCGGCAAGUCAGCUGUCAUCAAGACGUCCACGAGACAAACCAUCUUCCUGCCGCUCAUUGGCUUGGUCGACCCGGAGAACUUGAAACCGGGCGAUCUCAUCGGUGUGAACAAGGACUCCUACCUCAUUCUUGACACAUUACCCGCCGAAUAUGACAGCCGUGUCAAGGCAAUGGAGGUGGACGAGAAGCCGACGGAAAAGUACAGCGAUGUCGGUGGGUUGGACAAGCAAAUAGAGGAGCUGGUGGAGGCCAUUGUAUGGCCUAUGAAAGAGGCGGAGCGGUUCAAGAAGAUUGGCAUCAAGGCACCGAAGGGUGCACUGAUGUACGGACCUCCAGGAACCGGAAAGACCCUGCUAGCCCGAGCCUGCGCCGCGCAAACCGAUGCCACCUUCCUCAAGCUUGCCGGACCCCAGCUGGUGCAGAUGUUCAUUGGCGAUGGUGCAAAGUUGGUGCGGGACUGUUUCGCGCUGGCAAAGGAGAAGGCCCCAGCGAUUAUCUUCAUCGACGAAUUGGACGCAGUAGGCACGAAGCGUUUUGACAGUGAAAAGAGUGGUGACAGAGAAGUGCAGCGAACCAUGUUGGAGCUGCUGAAUCAGCUCGAUGGUUUCGCUUCAGACGACCGAAUCAAGGUGCUUGCCGCAACGAAUCGUGUGGACGUACUUGACCCUGCUCUGUUGCGCUCUGGUCGUCUGGAUCGCAAGAUCGAGUUUCCCUUGCCUAACGAGGAAGCGCGUGCUCAGAUCUUGAAGAUUCACUCCCGCAAGAUGAAAGUUGACCCUAAUGUCAACUGGGGCGAGUUGGCCCGCAGUACGGACGAAUUUGGCGGUGCCAUGUUGAAGGCUGUGUGCGUCGAAGCUGGUAUGAUCGCCCUGCGCAUGGGUAAGAACAAGAUCAGCCACGAGCACUACGUGGAUGCUAUUGCGGAGGUCCAGGCGAAGAAGAAGGAUACGGUGAACUUCUAUGCAUAA